AGAGACACAGAGGGCAUGAUGGCGGGCCCCAACAUCCGGCGGAUGUCCAGAAUGGACGCGCGUCCGAGCGUGCAGUACGGCCUUGCGGGUCGACGCAUGUCUCACGUUUCUCGAAGCAGCAUAUCUGGCAACAGUUUCGGCCUCAAGGAUUUCAAAAUGCCGAUGCAACUCCAGAACACGUACCGUAUGGCCCCUACUGCCAAUGAAAGGUUCCAGGCAAAGAAGGCUGAAGACGUGAUAAAGCAGGUCCUGGAGUCCUAUCUGGGCAACGAGAAGUACAACCAUGAGAUGUGCAACAGCAUGAUCAAACAGAUCUCAGAGCUCAUCACAGCCAGAGUCAAAGACUUGGGCUUCAGCCAGCGGUACAAGUUCGUCAGCGUAGUGACCAUCGGCCAGAACCGGAACCAGGGCAUCGCAGUGGCCAGUCGGAGCAUGUGGAACACAGAGACAGACAGCUAUGCCGCCGCCUCUUUCGCGUCUGGGGACGUGUUCGCCGUGGGAUGUGUGUACGCCACAUACUUUGAGUGAU